AGCCAAACUUGGCACACACCUUAUGCAAAGCUGCCUGACUCACGAUCAAAUGUUCACUUUGUUCUAGUCGACAGGAUAGAGUGUGGAACCCAUGUGAGAUGAUGUCUCCCUUGGCAAAACCGGACGGUGAUCCUGUGUUCAAGAACUUUCUUUGCAGGCUCAUGAGGGAAGUGUACAGAGCUGGAGAGCCCACUGACUUGAAUGAAAAUCUCUACUAUGCCAAAAUCAAGCUGUCUAGACCAGCUAUAGCUGAUAUUCAGUCGUUUCUGAUGGGAGAAGACAACUGGAGGACAGGGGCUCUGGAUGAUGCUCUCAGUGGCAUGCUGGUGGAAGUUAAACCUCAAAGUUUACUCACCAGAGUGGCAUAUACUGUUGGAGUGGAUCUUGAACCAUUGUUCCAAACUGGGUUCUUUUUCAUGAUUGGCUUACUUUUUAUCUGCUUCGACCAGAGGCCAAGAGUCUCCUGGUUCAAGAUGUUCGGCACAAUAUUUGCCUUCUCCUUUAUUGUCAGUAUUCCUUGGAACUGGCUGUAUCUGUACAAGGAGGCCUUUGCGAAGCACCAGAGCAAUAUCAUGAAGAUGGAAAAAUUAUAUUUAAAAUGCGUGGGACAAAAGGAAAUUAGCUGGAUACAAAGUCUUAUAGAGUGGUACAGAAUCACCUGGACUCUUCAACCCGACCCUUGUGAGGAAUACAUGAAACUCAUCCUAAUUAAUCCCAUACUUGAGGUACCUCCAAUUAAGGCAGUGACGUAUACCUUCAGAACCUUCCUGAUAGAGCCUCUGGCGGCCUUAGGAGAAGGAAUAGGUGUUUUUUUUCGAGCACUCCUCAAAGAUCUACCGGUUACCCUCUGGAUACCAGUCCUCAUCACAGUCGCAGCAUGGAUUCUGGUAAUUCCUUUUGGAGGCUUGCCAGCGAUUUUUAGAAACAAUGUCAGACAUUUUCUACCCUGGAGGGGAGGGAAUUUACCGGAUAAUGCACAAGCACCUAUUCAACACCAAAAUGACAAUCUGCAUCUAGAAUAGAGUGACAUUGAUCAAAAUUAACCCAGGACCAAGCAACAGCCCAAUAUCCAGAUUCUAAGAAGUGUUGACCUUUUGCAAAGGGAGGAGACAGACAUCGAAGUGUGCCAGGGUAGCUCUGAUGAGGAGAAGAAUAUCUUUACUAUCAACUUUGAAGACCAGCCAGAGACACAGGAAGAGGUCAAAAGAAAGAGGGCUGUGACUACAAAAAACCAACCAAAGGCCAGUCAGUCUGAAUUAUAUUUGCAAGCAAAGAAUAAACAGAUAAAAACAGACAUGAAGGUUUCUCAUGAUGAACCUUGCAGAGAUGGUGGCUCCUUUUGGAGGCUUGCCAACUGUUUUUAAUAACUACUUCAGACAUUUUCUACCCUGGAGGGAAGGGAAUUUACCUGUUAAUGCACAAACACCUGUCCAACAUCAAGAUGACAACCUGAGGUUAGAACAGAAUGACAUUCAUCAAAGACAACCCAACAGAACCAGGCUAGAGCCCAAUGUACAGAUUCUAGGAAGCGCUGACCUUUCGCAAAGUGAGGAGACAGAUGUCGAUGAGCAGCAGGAGAGCUCGGAUGAGGAGAGGAAUACAAAUAUACUCAACUCUGAAGACCAGCAGAUGACACCGAAGAAGGCCAAAAAGAAGAGAGCUAUGAUUACAGCAAACCAACCAAAGGCCAGUAAGUCUGAAAUAGAUUUACAAGCAAAGAAUAAACAGAUAAAAACAGACAAGAAAGUUUCUCAUGAUGAACCUUGCAGAGAUGGUGCAGCAACCUCACCUCUGCCAUAGGGGAGUUUUAAAUGUUGUGUUUUGACAGUAUGUGGAAAAAUGGGACAUGUUUCUGUGAAUCUACCCAUGCCUGAUCCAAGACUUCAGCAGGAGAACAGAGGUCCCCAGCAUCCUUGAGAUUCAUUGAAAUGGAUGCUGCUCAGCAGACAAACAACUCUAAUGGAUUAGAAAUUUUUACCUAUGGCAGCAAGUUUAGCAACAUCUGUAUAUACUAAUUACGUGAUAGACUUACUGACUUUCAAAAUGUAUUAAAUAAGAAACACUAGAUCUAAAUUAAGUUGUGCCAACAUAGGCAGUGCAAAUUAUCGUGUGGUCUGCAGGGGUGUGGCUGUGUUGAGAAUGUGUUGAUUGUAUCAGGAGGAUGUUGGUUUCAUUGUUUUUAUGUUGAACUGAUUUAAUUUAGGCUACCUAUUUCACUGUGUUUUCAUAUUUUUGCUAUAAUCAUGGUGUUGGAGUUUUAAUUCGAAUGGGAUCACAAUACUUUAUGUUGAUAUUUUUAGCAUCUUGUUCCCAUUAAACAUAUUUACAAUUUUUUAAAUUUGAAAAAUACUUCUUUUUUAAGAAAUUAAUAUGCUUUUAAAGCUUAACAGGUGUGCUUUUUGGAUCCUUUACAGCCAUCACCCUCUUUUGUGACACGUUAUGCCUCCACCAACACCCAUGCACACCCAAUACAAAUAUAAGACAUGCAAAGGAAUCGUGCCUCUUUUUUGUUUUCACUAACAGUUUUAAACAAUCUGUUAUCAGAAACAAAUUUAGAUAAAAGGCUGCAAGUUAAAAAAUGACUUUAGAAUCAUUACACUGUUGCUAGGUUUAGCCAUAUUAUUAUUUUUUUGUUCUUUUUUGGGUAUAUUUAAUUUGUGGCACUUUCUUUUGUCAAGCUCAUGCUUUCCUGCAGUAAGUGCAAUAUCACCCAAGUGAAAAACUGCCACAGCCGGGUGAGACAUUAAUAUUUCUGGAUUGAGAUUCUUUAAGGACAUUUUGGACUUUGACGUUGAAGUUUAAUGAUUUAUUGUAUUUUACGCUUAAAACUCCUAUCGUUUAUUGCUGCCACAUGUGUUGGCAAUAGGGGCCCAGGCUUUAUUUUCUCUUGCAGAAUCUGCCUGACCCUCCUGUUUAAAAAGAGUUUGAAGUUGGGACAGACAUUCAUGUAUUUGUAAAAUGAGCUGGGUUUUUAUAUAGACUUCUACCGUAAAACCCUUUACACACAAAUAUGUAUUUGGAAAAUUUACCAGGUCUGAGGUCUGCUUCUCAAAAGCAGAAUUUGGAAAUCCAGGAUAAGAAGUAAAGCUAGGCUUGACGUGUCGUGAUUAGUGCAUCCUGGCUUUGUCUGUUUCUCGAAGGCCAAUCCAGGCACAAGAGGUGUGACUAUGUCAAGCCAAGUUUAAGGAAUUCAGGUAAAUGCCUUUGGAAGACAGUGUUCACCUCAUAUCAGUUUCUAAUACUGGCAUUAAUAAUGAAUACAAAGAUUGUUUGUAUUUAAGACAUUGAGCAUAGACUCUAAAACAAAUUUAAAGAAGUUAAUGUAGGAUACCUGAUUUGCAAUUAAAUUACCUAUUCAUUAAAAAAUACAUCAAAUAACAUAACAUUAUUUACCUUAACAGUUGUUGAGUCACUGAGCUUUAUGGUUUGUAUAGUUUUUUUCUUCUUUUUAGGGCUAUAGGAAUGCAUAUUUGUGCACUUAAAGGGAAAUAUGUUUGUUCUGUCAGCAAAACAGCAGCCACUAUAGUCACAGACCUCUGUGGAAAAUGGUGCAACACCGGACUUUAUUGACAAUACCUUUGCUUCUUUAUCAGCCAUUUCUCUAAUCUCUUUAACACAGUCCACUGAAGGCCUUUCUGUUAAAUGUGGAACAUCAGCGUUCAAAUACACAUUUCAAUAGUAACACUGCCCUCAAGGAUAAUUAUAAAGUUAAUAAUGGUAUAGGCUACCAUCAUAAUGUUAAAUAGUACAUGACUAAAUGCUAAUAUGUAUCAAGAGUAUUUUAAUGCAGGCUGAUAAAAAAAAAUACCAAAACACACAUAUAAGAAAAUGGAAUCACUGACAAAACACAUUGGUGUCUGAUCGGUGCGACCAGUGAGUGAACAGAGAAGGCACCAGCAAUAAUUAAGCCUGGCUGUUAGCCUGGUCUGGAGCAGGCUAGCUUCACAGAAUAAAUCAACAUGGUAACUUAUGUGCUUUGUAACUUUGUGAAACCGAGCCAAGGCUUGAGUCAGCCAGGAUAUCUGGAAAAUCCUGGCUUAAUCCUCCAUCUUGGUUCUGUGAAACAGCCCACAUAUUGGUAAAGUAUGUUAUGCCCAGGGAUAUCUUGAUCUGAAUCCAUUGAUCAAAACUUAACUAAGAAUGAUGACUUAUUUUAUUUCCAUGCAAUCACAAGUCAAGCAAGGCCAAGGAGGCCUGACCAAUGGCAGGUAGCCUACUAGACAAGGAAGUAAUGAAGCACCCUGUAUGUACCUAUCAUCAGUGGCGGCUGACCCAUAGGGGGCACUCGGGCGCUGCCCUCCCUAGAUGUGGAGGGGAAAAGUCAAAAUAUAUUUAGAUUUCAAAAGUAUUAUUAA